CUCACGCAUCAUCCCUCCUGCGAUUAACCCAUUUUUUUGAUUUCCUAAAUGUUGCGGUAGCUUCGGUGGACUUAACGGCAGAUCUAAUUUCCCGUGCACGAACGAGUUUUUUUUAAACAACCCGUCUUGGCUGUGACAUGCAGUGAUCCAUUGAUCUCAAUCACCGCGAAUGCCCUGCGUCAAGGUGAGGAUAUGUACCAAGGCAUAAUGACCACCAACCACGGACCCCCUUCCUAUGAAGCCGGAUUUCUGCACAGCGCCGCGGCGGCCACGUCCCCGGUGUACGUGCCCACCACCCGGGUGGUCACCCCCAUGAUCCCGGCGCUGCCCUACCUGCAGAGCCCCGGGGCUCCGCAGCAGAGCACCCCGGCCGCGGCCGGCCACCCCGCCUGGGCGCAGCCCGGCGCAGAGCCGGUGUCCGGCUACAACCACUCCCCGGUGUCGCCCCGCUUCGGCUUCUCCACCAGCCCGCCGCUGUCCUCCGGCGUGGCCGCGGCCCGGGACCCGGCGGGCUCUUACAGCAGCCCGCUCAACAUCUCCGCCAACGGGAGGGAGCACUACAGCGCCCGGGGCCUCGGCGGCUCCUACCACAGCCCCUACCCGGCCUACAUGAGCCCCAGCGUGGGCGGGUCGUGGCCGGCGUCCCCCUUCGACAGCCCGGUCCUGCACGGUCUGCAGAGCGGCGCUGCGGGCGCACCGACCCGGCACCCCAACAUAGAUUUAUUCGAUGACUUUGCUGAGGGUCGAGAGUGUGUGAACUGUGGGGCGAUGUCAACCCCCCUCUGGAGGCGAGAUGGCACUGGCCACUACCUGUGUAACGCCUGCGGAUUGUACCACAAGAUGAACGGCAUCAACAGGCCUCUCAUCAAACCUCAAAGACGCCUGUCUGCCUCGAGGCGGGUGGGCCUGUCCUGCACUAACUGUCACACCACCACCACCACUCUGUGGCGACGGAAUGCAGAAGGAGAGCCGGUCUGCAAUGCGUGUGGGCUCUACAUGAAACUCCACGGGGUCCCUCGACCUCUGGCUAUGAAGAAAGAGGGGAUCCAGACCCGCAAGCGCAAACCCAAGAACCUCAACAAGUCUCAAACCGGGACUCCAGGCGGUGAGGGGACUCCAGUUACACCAACCAACACUCCCCGCUCUUCCACCACUACCACCUCCACCACAGAGGAGCCUCGUCAGAUAAAGACAGAGCCAGAAAACCACAGCUUGUACACGCACCACAGUGCACACACACAGAUUUCUGCCCUACCAGCCUACAUGGCAGCUCAAGGAGGUGCCAUUCCUCUGAAGAUGUCCCCUGGGGGACACAACGGCUCCUCCAGCUCCAAAGCAGAGUCCUGGAACAACCUAAUCCUGGCUUAGGAGACCUACAGACCAGCAUCUCAACAACAACAACAAAAAAAAAAGAAUGAAAAAGGAAAGAAAAAGCUACCUAUGUACAGCAUUUUAAUGAAACUCUCCUAAGACUGCUGCUCUUGGUCCAGAUGAUCCCAGCAGUGUUUCCUACAAACUGUACUUUGCCGUCAGUAUGAUGAUUGUGGACGGAGAUAUGUGAACCACAGUCGAUGUUGUGAGAUCUUCAGCAGCGCUGCACAGAUCGCGUGUGUGCAGUUAGACGAGCCGGUGACUGAAAAAGAGAAAUUUCAGUAAUUCUGACCUUUUUCUACAAAUGUCAAUGCAAAGGCAUAAAGUGCUCGACGAACACUGUAACACAACAACAGUGACAAACAACAUUAAUGGUCAGACUUUAGUUAUCUGUUAUGUAAGUGUUUUCUUCGUUAUAAUGUAUAUGCUCGUGGACAUUGAUGGACACACGAAACACAAAAAAAACAUAUCACAACUGGACAACUUUAUUUAGACGGUUUCAUGACAGAGGUCUUACACAGCAAGUUUAUUUAAAGUGUUAGUUCACGACAAGAUUGGAAAAAUAACACAUAAACACCGGCACUUACAUUUAGAGAUGUCUGCUACACACUAUAUCUAAAUGCCAUAAAGAAAGACACAUUUUUUUUUAGUUUGUGGUGCUUCAAAAGCUUGUCUUAGAAAGGUUUUUUAUUUUUUUUCCUGUGGUGUAUCUGCUGUUAAGUUCAGCGUAUGUCGUAUUACAGUAGGUAUUUGAGAACCUCAGUUGUAAUGAGGUGGCAGCAGAAGGUGGAGCAGCUUUUAUAUCCAGGCAAAAAAAAAAAAAAAAACAUCACAAAUAGUUUAUUUUUGAUUGAACUGAUCAGUUGAAUGCAAAAUUAGUCUUAAUUCAAUGCACCUACCAUAGUAUAUCAUACGACUUCACCAAGACUAUUACUCCGUCCAUUUUACCUACAUUAAAGGAAUUUAGGCCUUUCUCAGAGGUAUUAAUUACACCUGUUUUAUGGCAAACAAACACAUUGAUAUGUGAAAACCAUUCUUUGCUGCUAAAUAGAGUCUGUUGUACUCGUUUAUAAUCACUUAGGUGACAUUUAACAGCACACGUGGACAGAUCUUGCAUCACUCCUCACAUCCAGUAAGACCCCAGUGAACCCAUCAGCCACAGCUCCCUUCUAAUCUCUCUGUGCCUCUGUCCUUUUUGUUAAAAGCUAAAGAAAAAAAAGAAAAAAAAGAAACUGUAUGUCACUUUUUACAUAACUUACAAAGUCAAACACAUGAUGAACUACCUAGGCAGCGUUUAAAUGCCGAGCACCAUGAAUGUGAUGUGGAAGUACAUAGCUCCCUCUACUGAUUCCGGAUCAGUUGUGCAUCUACUAGACUUUUUUUUUUUUUAUACUAAUGGGAUUUUUCCAAAUCGACCCCACUAGUUUUUAUUAUCACAGACUCUACUGUUAAACCUUGUUAUCAUACAAUUAUUAUCUAUCACCAGAGUUGUUUGAUAAGCUGUAUAAAGGAUACAAACUGUACAGUAUAUUAGAAAUACUUUUAAUUUGCUUGUGACAAGCAUGGAGGUAACAAUGUUGGAUAAAACCACAUGUAAUUACAAAAAUGUAAAAAAAAAAAGAAAAAAUUUAUGCGUUUAUAUGAAAAAAACAACAACUCCACUCCAGCAUUAUUAUGUACUACAUCAUUUGUGAUAUACUGGCCUGAAAGCAAAAAAGAUAAAGCAUUUUGAUGUCAUGUAAGUAAGUUAUGGGAUGUAAAUCUGGUGUCUUUUGUAUUCUUGCCAAUAUAUGGUGAUUUUCAAUAUUUGCAAAACUUCCUCAGACGGCUUCUGCAUCUUCAAACUGCAGUUUUCCAAUUUUUAAAUAGACUCCUAUGAAUUUCAGAAUAUCCUUGAUAAAAAGCUGGACAGUG